UAUAAACCCCACCAUCAUUAUUCUUCAACUGUCACAUUCCUCGGAUCCUCCACUCCCUUACCGGGUUCUCGUCGACUGGACUCCUCUGUCUCUCGUUUUCUUUUUCCGCGUAUGCUGCCGCUUCUCCGCGGUUCUUGAUGGGUUGCGUCAGCUCGAAGCAGGCGGUGUCCGUGACCCCUGCAAUUGACCACUCGGGCGGGUUUCCUGGCCGAGUCGGGUUGGAAUGCGAGAAGGAGAAGGGGAGCUUCGGGAAGAAGAAAGUGGGUGGCGAUUUGGGGUAUAACAGCGAGUUGGGUGAGUCGGGGAGGGCGAGUUCGCGGGGUGAUUCGUUUAGUUUUAGGUUGGGGAACCUGCACAAGUACAUUGUGGGAGAGCAAGUUGCCGCUGGAUGGCCGGAAUGGCUUACCGCCGUUGCUGGUGAAGCGAUUCAGGGCUGGGUGCCUCUUCGUUCUGAAGCCUUUGAAAAAUUGGAGAAGAUUGGGCAGGGCACCUAUAGCAGUGUGUUUCGAGCACGUGACAUUGAAACUGGGAAAAUAGUUGCUCUGAAAAAGGUUCGAUUUGACAAUUAUGAUCGCGAGAGUGUUCGCUUUAUGGCAAGAGAGAUAAUGAUUCUUCGUAGGCUUGAUCAUCCCAACAUCAUAAAAUUGGAAGGUUUGAUCACAUCCCAGUUAUCAGGCGGUGUAUACCUUGUCUUCGAGUACAUGGAACAUGAUAUUACUGGACUUUUGUCUUGCCCUGACGUAACGUUCAGCGAGUCACAGAUCAAAUGCUACAUGAAGCAGUUAUUAGCUGGAAUUGAGCACUGUCAUUCACGGGAUGUAAUGCAUCGGGAUAUCAAAGGAUCAAAUCUUUUGGUAAAUAAUGAUGGGAUUCUGAAAGUGGCUGACUUUGGAUUGGCAAACUUCUGUACUUCUGGGCAACAGCAGCCAUUAACCAGUCGUGUUGUAACUUUAUGGUAUCGUCCUCCUGAACUUUUACUGGGAUCAACUGAUUAUGGAGCAUCUGUGGAUAUUUGGAGUGUUGGUUGUGUGUUUGGGGAACUUCUUUAUGGAAAACCUAUCCUUCAAGGGAGAACAGAGGUUGAACAAUUACAUAAAAUUUUCAAGCUUUGUGGUUCCCCACCUGAUGAAUACUGGAAAAAGUCCAAACUUCCUCAUGCUACCUUAUUCAAGCCACAACAACCUUAUACUAGUUGUCUUAGGGAGGCCUUUAAAGAUUUUUCUGCAACUGCUUUGAACUUGAUAGAAACUUUCCUUUCUGUGGAGCCAUACAAGCGUGGGAGUGCCUCCUCUGCUGUUGCAUCCGAGUAUUUCACGACAAAGCCUUAUGCAUGUGAUCCCUCAAGCUUGCCAAAAUACCCACCUAGCAAGGAGAUUGAUGCAAAAAACCUUGAGGAGGCAAAAAGGAAAAGGACCGGUGGGAGAGUUCGUGGCCCUGAAACAAGAAAGCCAACAAGAAAAUCUUAUGGAUCCAGUAAAUUAGCACAAGCUGAGGACGUGGCAGGUCAGGUGCUAGGUGCAAAACAGAUUAACCCCGGUAAGGUGGAUUUCACCAAAGGAGAUGUCAUCCUACGUGGGCAGGUGCAAAAGCCAUCUCUUGAUAAACUGGAAGAUGUAACCCAUGUAAAGAAUGCUUCUCAAGGAGAUGUUCCAUUUUCUGGCCCAUUACAAGUUUCCACAUCUAGUGGCUUUGCAUGGGCAAGAAGGCGAAAAGACGAAGUAUCUGUGAGAUCUCACAGCAGAUCUAUUUCCAGAGGUCACAUAACUCAAGCAUUAGAUCCUUCUGCCUCGUUAAAUCCAAAAAAUGGUUUUGACUCAAAAAGGCAUGAGAAUGGUGAUGUUAUAGAUGGGGGCCGUACUGAUUUGAGAGACCAUGAAUCUUACGAGAAUACCAAGCGUGCUUUGCUUAAGCGAUGGAGCCAACUUGAGCAUCCAGACUCCUUUGAUGCUUCUGAUGGAUACCACUCCCAGGAACUAUCGUUGGCACUAUAUGAGAAAGAGGAAAUGGCUUCAAAAAGAGGUUACUUGAGUUUUCAAGAUCAAGGGGAGAAGGUUGAAUUUUCAGGUCCCUUAUUAUCUCAAUCACAUAGAGUUGAUGGACUCUUAGAGAGGCAUGAGCGUCAUAUCCGUCAGACUGUUAGAAAGUCAUGGUUCCAAAAGGAUUGAAUCAAUGACCACCUCAACAUUAUUUUUAACCGAUUGGAGCAGCUGUUUCUUAUUCAUUCCAUCCAUAAUGAUGGGCAUACUUGUACCAUUAUUGCAGGUAAGAGACAAUGAAGGUAAUUUUCAGACAUGUGAGUCCUUUGCAGAAUGAUCGGAUUACUUUGCAAUGGAUCGGGAGACAACAACCUCGGAGUACAUACAGACAUUAAGAAUCCUACCUUCUCAAGGAUAAAACCAAUGUGGUCUCCCCUACCAAGCCAUCAGACUGGAGAACGAUUUGGUUAAGAGUUUUCCAAAGAACAUGUGAUGAACACAAGGGAGGACAUAUAUUUUGAUGAAACAGCAAUAUAAUCCGAUCCAGAAAGCCACAAAGAAAGAACGAGAAAAGCAUAGGGCAUCAAGGGUGACGAUUCUCUCAUUUAUAGCAAUAAAUUUUCAGUUUAACUU